CGGGUCGCGCAACGAAUGGAUGGUCACUAGAAGAGGAAGCGAGCCGUGUAUAACAAAAGACUUGGUUCUUAGUCCUACAGCUGACUUGGACAGUGUUAUGGACUAUGCUGAUGAUCUUGGAGUUGAUAUGUCUGGACUUAAUGAUGUGGAAGAAAUGCAGAAUAGGAUCUGCAUGCAUCUGGAUUAUCUGGAUUCGCAGGAAAAUCCAAUUCAAACGAUUCGCAAGCUACUCAUAGAAAAGCAAUGUGACGACAUAAACAGAAGGAAAAAGUUACGGGAACUUCUAGACAAAUUCAUCCGAACAAACAAGAGUUUUCAUAGAAUGUCCACUACUGGCAAAGAACGGAUUGAAGGAAAGACAACUCUUGAAUCUCUUCUUGAGACAGAGGGUAUUACAAAGGACCUCGAGGAAGAUCUCAGAUUAAAAAUUCAACACAUAACUCAUGGACACUGUGUUGUUGUUGUAGCCGGUGAAACUAAUGCGGGUAAAACGAAUCUUCUGAACUUGUUACUAGGACGCAAGGAUCUUUUGACGGUCAAGGCCAUUUCGUGCACAUCAGUUAUAACUAGGAUAUCAUAUGGGGAACAAUUGACCGCCCAUAUUUUGUAUGAGAGUGGCAAAGCGAAAGACAUUACUAUAAAUCCGGACAAAUCUGUUGAAAAACAAAUUGAAGAAUUGGUGUUUGAAAGGGACCUUGAUAAGCGAGAGAAUAUGGAUGCAAAAUGCAUGGAUGCGGAUGCUGUUUCAGAGGUUCAUUUGAAACUACCAAAUGAAAGAUUGCAGAAUGGCCUCGUUUUGGUUGACUCUCCGGGUAUUGGGGAGAAUCCACAGAUGGACAGCGUCAUCAAACACUUUGUGGAGUCCAACCAAAUCAAUGGAUUCAUCUACCUCAUCAAGUCAGAUAGUGGACAAAGGGUUGAUGAAGAUAGGAUAGGGGAAUUGCUGAAAAUGAUUCUGUCAUCACAGAAAGAGAAGAAGGAUGGAUAUGGCUUGAACUUUGACCCUCGACUUGCUCUCUUUGUGUGUAAUCACUGGGACAAUGUGAAAAAAGAUGAGAGAGAUGAAGUCUUUCAGUACAUCGUGUCCCGUCUCGAAAAAUAUUGGCCUGGCCUACAACCUGACCAGGUUAUUAAGUUCUCAGCAAGGGAGGCAAUGAGGGAAUUGGACCAGAAUGAAAAUUACAUUACUUCUGAUUACAAAGCAUUGUGGGGUGGAAUACUUGAACUUUAUAAUUCCGCUCUAGAUAAAAGAAUAACAUCAACCUACAAGUGGAUGGAAACCAUCUUGAAGAGAAUGACUCAUCACCUUAAGACUUUUGUUUGUCGACUUGAUACUUCAGAGGAAGACCUUCAGAAAAAGUUAUCAGAGAUAGAAGUCAAGUUAAAUAGGAUAGGGCUCCAUGCAGAAGAAGUUUUGCAGACGCUAACUAAAAAAAUUGACAACGCUUGUGAAGAAAUAUACCAGUCAUUCCGGGAGCAUUUGAUGACGUUAGCUUCAAAAACUCAAAUCGUCAACUGGACAUUGGCCGAAACACCUAGCCCAAACGAGUUUCCGACUUGGACAGAAAUCAAAAUGGAAAUUUACGAGAGGACUUCUCAGAGGAUAUCAAAAGAGCUUGUUAGAUGGGAGGAGGAACAAGGCCACAUCCGAGAAAUCGAAAGAACAAUUAUGACUGAGAUCCACCUCAAGUUGAAUUUAUUACAAGAAGAAUUGGCUGAUGUAGAUGAUGAUUUGAACUCAGACACGAGAUCUAUCACCAGUGAUGAUACAGCACAGUCUCAGUUUGGGACUCUGCGUAAACGACAAUCUCUAAGCGGUCCUUCUCGUCGAUCAACUUUGCAUAGUGUCAUGGUAUACACAGAGGACACAGAAAACCAUUUAACAGUACCAUUCAUCGCUCAAAUUCUCUCUCCGCUCGGAAAUGCCAUGCAAAAUAUUGUCGGCAACAAAAAUCGUUUAUGUGAUUAUGAGAAAAAUCGAACAAAAGUUGCUCGACAAAAAUCGGAACGUUAUUACAACUACUUAUUAAAUACGAGUUAUGGAAAUAAUUUCCUUCGUAACUUUGUCGAGGCGUUGCUAGUUCAGAGCAGAGACAAACUUGCUGACAUCCAAUGUAAAAUCCCUGCUAUUAUUGAGUCUGAUAGAAAGGUCAUGAUGCAUAUAUUGCGAUGUAGGAGGGAUACAAAAGUUUCGAGGGAAUUAUAUGAAGAGAUGAUGACUGGCUUAGAAGAUCUAAAACAUCAACUCACUGAGUACGGUGAAGGAGAAAUCUUUGUCGAUGAUUUUCGAAAUGCAGAUAUACGGAUUUCUAACAGUGGUAACAGUACUGGAGAAAAGUCUAUCCGCAUUUCAAAUUUUAUAGACAACAGCUCUAAAGACAGUAACACUUCCCAGACAGGCGAAACGAGGGCUCUGUGGACAAUUCUACAGAAUGGGAGCAUUCGAAAAGAGAAAAGUGCAGAGGAAAUUCGAGUGUUUAUCAGAAUUUAUAUGAUGUCAUCUGGAGUGACCAACAUAACAGCUGAAGUUUCCAAACUCAGGUUUUUGAAGCACAAUCAUGUUGCUGAAUUUCUUGGUCUUCAUCGAGUAAAUGCUGGAUUUCCAACACUCAUCUACAAGGAUCGAAUGAAGACAAUUCAUGAGUAUUUUAAAAGCAAAAGUAAAGAUACAGCCAAAGAAAGGGUGAAAAUCUUUCAAGAAACUGUAAAAGGAUUAGAAUAUCUUCAUCGACGAAAUUUAGUCCAUAUGGAGCUAAACACGCACACUGUUACGGUUGAACAAGCAACAGGAAUGGUAAAACUAACAGGGGCAUGUCUUCCACGUAAGGCCAUCCUUCCAAUGGAACGCGAAUCCAUUCAAGUGUCGCACUUCGUGUUCCUUUCCCCGGAAGUGCUUAAUGGUGAAACGUACCUUGCAUGUGAUGAUUCGUAUGCCGCUGGACUUCUAGCUUUUGAGCUAAUUUUCAGAAAGAAACCCUACAAAGAGUAUCGCGAAUGGUCCCUAGACCAAUUUGCAAGGGGAGUGAAGCCGCGAGAAAUGUUGGUGGUGGAUGAAGUUUUACAAGGCCAGUCAGAGGACAUCAGCGCAUUGGUGACAAAGUGUAUUGGGAAAGCAGACGACCGUCCUCGCGUGGGAGAGUUUCUGAACGUAAAGUUUCCGAUUGUUGAUAUCUUACAGAGAGUAGAUGAAGAGUCGAAGCCUGUACCUCAGAAACAAAAUGUGAUAUACCGUAGAUGAGUAGCUCUAUCUCAAAUUGUCCUAAUAGUCAUGAAUAUUAUGCUAUUUCAGGAAACGACUAUCACUAUCAUUUUAUACAGAUGGUCGUACCGAAUACAGUGUUUCUUAGACAGACUAAGUAUUCAGUUCAGUUUGCAAUUUAAAUUGUGUGGGGAUUUUUUCUGUGUUUUCCUAAGAAUAAAGUGUCUCACUUAUUUUCGAUAUUUAAUUAUAUAAUUAUGGUAUUCAAUAUUUCAUAUAACUUUUCUAUAUAGCUUUUUAAGGAAGUUUUUACAUGUUUGUAAUUAUAUAGUUUUGCUCAUUUUGAUUGGAUGUGGAUUAUAAUCACUGGACUUUCACAAAGCAAUAGAUCUGAAUUCGAAUCGUUUAAUUUCUAAAAUGUACUUGUAACGAAUAUGAGACUCACAUUAUUAUCAUGUUUUUUUCAUCAUGGUAAAUAUUCAAAAGAGGUUACAAAUGAAGAAUCUAUUUAAUGUGAAAUACUGUAACACAAAGGUCUUAAUUUCUAUUCACAAAAAGUUUUUCUUGAUGAAAAUAUUACCUUAUUCUGAAACAAGGAAAGAAAAAUACUAUAUGUACAUGUAUAUAUCUUCAGUGAUGCCUCUAUCUUGAGCAUAUUUGUGUAUGUGUUUUCUGUAUCAGUACUUAUUUCUUACAAACUAUAUUAUUCAUUAU